UCUCUAUACCCGCAGGGAAGCGCAGUUUUGUGUCGCCUAUUAAUCUACAUUUGACUUUCGGUAUUAUAUUGUGUCGUGUGUGCACAACAAACGGUAUCCUCUCUCUUUUUCAAAUUUGAAAACUUUUCUAGCCACAUGUGGUUUUGAAAAAAUAAAAACUUUGUUCCAAAUCAAAUGACAUUACCAUUUAACCAUAACCACCCCCAAUUUCCGCCUCCCAUCGUAUCAAGGAAGAACCUGAAUUUAUGUUGAAUAAUUAAAAAGUUUCAAAAAAACCCAUCCAAAGGUGCUCAUCGCUGCCGAGAGCUCUCACGUUUGUUGUCUUUGAUUUUUUAUAUAUUCUCCGUCCGUAACCGGUGUAGAGUUUUUUUUUUGAAUUAAAAAUCAUAAAAACCAAACAAACUUUUCCGAUAGUUGGUAACAUGUGUUCGGGGACUUUUAGCGGUCGACUUUUCUCAUUUGGAAUUCUCUGUGUUUUGGCAUUUUGCGGUACUCGCUGCAACUUUGUCGUUGUCGCUGAUGUCGUCGCUUGGAAUUCAACAAUAGAACAAGCCACCCAACAUUUUAUCCGCCAAUUGCUAGCUAGUGUGGACAAUAGCCGAUCCCCAUGUGACGACUUCCAUGGCUUCAUUUGCAACAAACAACAAAAUUCAACCCAAUUCGUUCAACGUCCUAGCGAAGAAGAGAUAUUCCAAAAGUUCAUACAAAACAAUGACAAUGACGACCAACUCAUGGACUCGGAAUUGAUGUUGAAAAAUUUCUACGAAUCGUGUCAAAAUGCCCGCACCGUUGAACAUUUAAAAAAGACCCAGUUGUAUCGGAUAACUGGGGGCUGGCCGGCGAUAGAGGGCGGUGGUGCCUCAAGAAAUCGCGAAUCACCCUCAUGGAUGAGUGUUGUGGCAGCAUUUCAUGACAUUGGUGUCGACUAUUUCUUUAGUCAUCGUGUUGAGAUAAAAAGCAAUCGGCGAACUGUGGAACUUAAGGCGAAUUCAGAUUUCAAACACUCCCUCAGGGAGAACACACAUUUGGCGGAACAACUUCUUCAGAAUUUCGGUAUGAACCAAGCCGAGGCACGAUUGAAGGCAUUGGAUUUCGCGGGGCUUGAAGGUUAUCGUCGGGAAGUUAUGGCUGAGGCGGGAAAUGGUGUUUCAACUUCCAUGACUUACGGCGAAUUCAAGGCGAAAUUCGAUAACAUGGACUGGGACAUUUAUUUCCGUCGGGUUUUGGGGAAACCACUGAAGGACACCGAUGGCAUUCGCCUCGAAGACGAACAAAAACUCGAACUUGUAUUCAGUAUGUUGUCGAAAACACCCAAUACCCGCCUUCUUAACUACGUUUGGAUAGAUUACCUUUUGGACAAGAGUACAGCAAGUUGUUUGGAUUUGGUAAAAGAAUACUUCCAACCCCUUUAUCGUUACAUUGUUCAACGGACGACAAUCGAUAGACGUCGUAUGGCAAACAUGUUUUCAGAAAUCGGUAGUGUCUAUCAGUCCCUCUUGCCCGAUUCCAUUUGGAUUGACGAGAUAUCACAUCAAAAGUCAAAAUUGUAUUUGGGUAAAAUGAUUCAUACGACUUUAAAUGGCGAUGAAAAGUUGGAUGCGGAUUAUGCCCGAUUGACUCUGACGAAGAAGAAUUUCUAUCGUAAUCUAGAAAAGUGUCAGAAAUUUACUGAUUCAACAAUGGAUUCGAAGGUGGCGCCAUCUACCUCGUCUUCGUCUGCAGUAUCUGUUAGUGAUUUGUAUGAAUUUUUCAUGGGACCAAUGUAUAAUGAACUAUUGCCACAGCCAUUGUAUUUUGGAUCGAUUGGGGAGGCAUUUGCUGAGAAGAUGAUCGAUGGUGGUGGAAGUUUGACACCCGGCAGUUGGCGAAGUAGCGAUUCGGAUGAAAAGUUUGUCGAAUUCGAGGGUUGUUUGAGGGAGCAAAAUGGUAAUUUUGCAUUAACCCCAGCUAUAGGGAAUAAUCUGGUGCGAAGGAUAUUGGCAGAGAGACAAACUUAUGAAGCUCUAAGGAAUUGGAUAGCUGGCAAUGUGGAUGCGGUAAAUCGGAUUCGUGGUCUUUUAGAAACACUCGACGUCGACAGCAGUCGUGGGGGAUGGCAAAAUGAUUUGAAUUUGGAAAAGUUGUUCUUUUUUAUUUCCGUUUAUACACAUUGUCCUGAGGAUAAGGACUUUGUUAAUACAUAUUUAAAGAACUCGAGGGAUUUUGCUGAGACAUUUGGAUGUCCGAGUGGUAGUCGACUGAAGCCACUUAAGGUUUGUAGUGUAUUGUAGUAAGUUUAGAGAGGUGCAAAAGGAAGUUGUUUUAAAAAUAAAUAAAUAAAUAAGAAAACAAAUAAGAAGA